AUGCCACCCAAGAAGGCAGCUACCAACGGCGAUGUUGGCGAGGCUGGUGGUCCGUUCAAAUGGGAAGGUCCAAACGAUACAAAGCUCCUCCUGUUAACUCAAGGCCGCUACGUCAAGCCAGAUGAGUAUCCUCAGUUGUCUUCUGCGUUUCCUGGUACCUCAAUCGGCAGCAUCCGCAACCGCAUCUCCGCACUCCGCGUCAAACAACGCGACCUCUACCUUGACCUUGCCUGGGAUCUGCCAGAGGGCGGGGCGGGUCAUAGUGCGAAGAAGACUGCUACUACGCCGCGCAAGACACCCGGUAGUAAGAAGAGGGGCGCUGAGGCUGGAGAUGGCGCAGAUGGUGAGGAGGACGAGGUAGCUACGCCGAGUAAGAAACCGAGAGCCAAGAAGGCGAAGACUCAGGCAAAGAAGAAGGAGGAGGAGAGUGUUGAAGAAGAUGGUAGUGAAGGAGGUGAUGGUGGAAAGAACAUUGGUGUCAAAGAGGAGGUUCUUGAUGAGGAGCUUGAUGAGAUGGUUUAG